UUUCUUAUUCUAAGAGAUCUCAGAGUACCAGUUUCCUUACCUUUACUUUUCUGAGUCCAUAGAAGUCAUGGGUUUUCGUUUGCCUGGAAUUGUUAAUGCUAAGCAGAUCCUGCAGCGGGCACAUGUGGGUGCAGAGUCCAAGAAUGUGCCUAAAGGCUAUUUUGCUGUUUAUGUGGGAGAAAUCCAAAAGAAGAGAUUUGUGGUUCCAAUCUCAUACUUGAAGAAUCCUGCAUUCCAGACCCUGUUGAGUCAGGCUGAAGAAGAGUUCGGGUUUGAUCAUCCAAUGGGUGGUCUCACAAUCCCAUGCACAGAAGAAGCCUUUAUUAAUCUCAGUUGUUAUUUGAACAGCCCAUGAGAGGAGAAAGAUAUGCAAAUGACUAGGCUCUAGGAUGCAGAGUCUCUAACGCCAUUGACUCAUAAACCAGUCUCCAUUUUUGGAUUAGGAGAACUGGGCUGUUUCAUUUCCACUUGUAAAAUUAUUUUAUACAUUUUUUCUGUAAAGAAAGUUGAUAGCCAAUUCUCUUCAUAUAAAAGGAUCAAAUAGAAUCUCUUACUUUUCUGCUUUCCCAUUGAUUUAAUCUGUUUCCUCUGUUCUCAACCUAGAGCUCAAAUUUCAAUCAAGGAUUGCUUUGCAAUAUUGAA